AUGCGUCGAUGUUGUUGGCUUCUGCAGAAGAAUGAAUCUUUUAUUUCAACACGGGUAUUCUCAUCAGACAGGCCACGAAGAACCCCAUUUUUCUCCAUAAUGUCUCGUGUUCGGUUAAAUUCACCAGAAUCGAUAAGACAAACAGGAGGAGGAUCAAUGGAAACUCAGCCGUUAUCAUCUGUUGACAAGUUAACAUCCAGGAACUGUGGAGGGAAGAACGGGUUUCAUGGGGUUUCAAGUACGACGUAUAGGAGACGUACAUCUUCACCUUAUUCUGUUGAGAAAUACCGUUUCUCUCGAUUACUUCGUUUAAAGUCACGAAGUGAUGAUGAAAUGGAUCCUUCGUGUUGUAGUGAUGCGGCAUCGCAAGAGAUGCAGGGACGUGAGGUUGUCUUGACACCAUCGACAUUACUUCAACGACUCGAAAGUAUCUUUCCCCCUGGAAGAAAGGAAGAGGAGAAAAAAAAGCAAACAGGACAUUGUGUGAAAUGUACUGCUUUUACUGCUUCGGUUACAGGAGAAGAUAUGCUGAACACAAAUAUACCUUUCUAUGAGCCGAAUGCUUUGGCGGAUAGACUCCGUCCAUGCUGUUAUCGAGUUCCUUGGAAAUGUGUCCUGCUCUCUCGCGUAGACACAACCAUAUCCUCAGCGGAGAGAGAGAAUACUAGAAGUUGUAGUUGUAAUGAGAGUGUCUCGAAGCUUCUCACUACUCCAGCAGUGUAUGAUGUGUUUGUUCCCAUCUCAUUUCUUUUUGACCCAGAUGCAAGAGAAAUAACAUCAUCAUCAUCAUUAUCAUCAUUAAGAGCAGGAGUAGAAGGAGGAAAAGCAAGAAGAUCAUAUUUCUAUAGUGAUGCGCCUUCGAUAAAGGAGCGAAUCAAAUGUAAAGACCGUUCCGGUAGGAUUGUGAAAUCGUCCAGUAAAUUGCAGAGAGUUGCUGUGCUCCAUCACAUUCCUGGACUCCCAGAUCCAACUGCGGCAUCAAUGACUCUGGAAGAUUACAGUCAAUUUCUACAGUAUUGUACACUUCAGAAUACAUCACAAAAAACAAAGGUGAAAAGAAUAACCGAAUCAACUAGUGUGAUGCAUUGUAUGGGGACAGACGGAAUGAAUAAUCGUGAUAUUGGUAUUCAUAGCGUUCAAAAACGUCUCUCUGAAGAGAAGAAGACUCACCAACAACAAGAACAAGAACAUGAUGGUGUACAUAUGAUGAAUGCUGAGAAGGAUGAGAAGACUCUAGACGGUGGAGUUGGUGUGUGGAUUAUUCACCCAUAUCGUGAGAGUAUCUUCUUUGCUCUGCGCUAUACGACGGCAUCAGACCACUACGAGUGGCUUUGUUCUCCGCAGUACACUCUUUUUCAGGAUAAUUGUGCCCAGUCAUCAGCAGCAACAGUAGCAACAGCAGCAGCAGCAGGAGAAGAGGUAAACGAUAAAUCAGGAGGUCUGCACAGCCAAAACAAUAUAGUAUCAUCUUUAUCAUGGGCGAUAACACCCCUUCAAAAGGCAAUGAUAUCCAUGAAGAAGAAGUCAGAAGUCCUUUCACAAGGAAAGAACAAAAGAGAGGAUCAGAAAAAGCAUCCAAAAGAGAUGAAAACUAUAUUUCCCACUAUUUUAUAUUAUUGCGCUGCGAAUGUACCUCUCUCCACGGAAGAGAAGUCGGCUAUGAUGAUGUCCUUGUUAACGAACAGCCUCUUUGAUACCACAGAAACCACGCAAACUUCUGGCCGUUCCAAGGGGAAACAACUGAAAAAUGGUCAAGAGAAGAAAAAGAAAUGUAAAAUAAGAAAUACCUCCAAGAAGAAACAUCAUAAAGGCCAGAGCGUUGCUCAGUUAGCAAUGGCAUGGACACCGUUACCCCGAACAUCACGGUUAAUGCGUGGGAGGCAGUUAAUGACGAACCCAGAUGCACUUGCAGAGACACUGAAGUACGGUCUCCUGCGUAUUCUACACUAG